AUGGAGGCCAUAGCGACGUUGUCGCUUGUCUGUAAUGCGGUGCAAGUCAUCUCCUUCGCCGGCGAGGUUUUUCAGCUGUGUCGUAGCGUCUCCUCGGGUCGAGCACAAGAUGCCCGGUCCCAGGAAGCUUUCUCUGGGGCACCGGGACAUGUCCGGAACAAUUUGGCCUCAUACAAGCCUUCUAUUCCCGCCGACCUUGAUAUUUACGAUGAUUUAAUUUUCGUUCUAGUGGGCAAAGCAUCUGGAGUGUUCCUCUGGGUCAGAUUGGCAACUAGAAGCGUUAUUGAGGGUAUCCGGAAUGGUGACUCUUGGACCACCUUACACAAACGUACCGAAGAGCUGGAGCCCGGCAUUGACCGACUCUUUAAGCAGAUGUGGGAAAGGCAAAAUCACAACCGACGACUCUACAAGGAAGAGACGGCUAGAUUACUUUGGUACACUAUAUAUGUAGAUAACAUGCGUAACACGGUAUCUACAAAGCAACGGGGUCUCGUAGGAGAUAUCCUUGGUACCAAUCCAAGCCUUAGCUCCUCUAUACUAAGUUCCAUCGCCAACGCCAACUCCAACUCCAACAGGAUGAAGGCCAUCGACGAAGAACGCAUAUUCAUCGAACACGAGAAAUGGCUUUCUGCUAGGAGCGCGGGCUUUCUCGAGAUAUACAAGAUACAAGAGAAGGGCGUGAGAUUGUUCAGAGACAUGGCAUCUGCGGGUUAUAUGACACCUCAAGAAGAGACAGAGCAACUCAUGAGCUUCAACUACCAGGUACAAUUGUUAAAUACAGCGGUAUCCACGGAUUUACAUUUCUUCAAAGUAGCCGCAACACAUUUUAACGUUGAGUUCCUAUCUCAACGAGGUAGGAUCUUCCGGGAGUUCUCGUUGCAGGAAAAGUCCAUGAUUCUACUGAAUACGUGCUCGCCUAAAUCCUUCAGGCGAUUCGGUUCCAAUAUCGUUCCAUUCCUUGAUGAUGAAUUCACUACGACAUUGGAUUAUCCAGCAUUCAUUCCAACAUGCAUUGAGCGUUGUAGGCAUACCGUUAAAUGUGUCGACCGGAACGAUGGUUUGCGGGCACCGAACCCAGAAAAGAAAGAAGAGAAACGCCAGCUCGAAGCUGCUCUUACGAUGAGCUUCCUGUAUCCGGUGUAUGAUUUAUAUGUUGGCCACGAAGUUCACAACGUGCUCAGAGAGAAUAUCGAGGCGCUCUACCAGUAUUAA